AUGUAUAUCGAGAAACGCUCUUCGUCGCGAACAUUGUCACUUCUAAACGCAUUGACUUAUCGAUUUGAAGCUAGCGAUGACCUGGAGGAAUUGAGUGAAUCUGGAAAAAUGCUCGCAAAAGAGCAAAUUCUUACGCAAAAUGCCGCUGAUGAUUUGACAAAAAAAGUUGACGAUCUGGCUGGAAAACUAAAAAAUCUGAGCGGCAGAAAUAGUGAAAUGAUAGAACGUAUGAAAAAUUGUAUCACAGUACUCGAUGAUGUUGGUUUCGAUAUGCAGAAGCUGGAUGCCGUAUUUGAAAGUGUUGAGUCGCGACUCAAUGCUUUUGUGCGAUCCGAAAAUGUGGAAACAGCAGAUGCCGAUCGAAUAACUCUGGAAGCAUUGCUGGAGGAUUUGAAUCAGUGA